AUGACCAGUUACGCUUCCAUUCGUUCGCCGCCCAGCGACUCGUCGUCUCGCCCCAACAGCACCGCCAGCAUGUCGCGCCGUCCACGUCGCAAGGAGAACGGAGUCCACGGCCAGGCCAGCUGGAUCAGUAGUGUCAUCAACCUGGUCAACACCAUUGUCGGUGCCGGCGUGCUGGCCAUGCCCUCGGCCCUGUCCAACAUGGGCAUCCUGCUCGGCAUCCUCGUCAUCAUCUGGUCUGGUCUUACUUCUGGCUUCGGUCUCUACCUUCAAACAAGAUGUGCGCGAUACCUGGAUCGUGGCAGUGCGAGUUUCUUCGCCCUGAGCCAAAUCACAUACCCUAACGCUGCUGUCAUUUUCGACGCCGCCAUUGCUAUCAAGUGUUUCGGUGUGGGCAUUAGUUAUCUCAUCAUUAUUGGUGAUCUCAUGCCUGGCGUAGUUCGAGGCUUCACAGACACUCCUGCUGCCGACUAUCUGCUGGACAGACAUUUCUGGGUUACUGCCUUUAUGCUUGAUUCGCUCAAGUACACCAGUAUUGUUGCCCUGGUCUCUAUUGGUUACCUUGUUGUCUUGGUAGUCUACCACUUUGCAAAAGGCGAUGACAUGGGUCUCAAGGGCGAGAUUAGCAUCGUGCCUGACAAGGGUAUCGUGCCUGUCUUGGCCAGUUUCCCUGUCAUCGUCUUUGCCUAUACCUGCCAUCAAAACGUAAGAAACUCCCUUGUUCCUGUCCUCUGGUCAGAAGCUUACUCUAGUAGANUGUUCUCGAUUCUCAACGAGAUCGAAGACAACAGUCCUUUCAAGACAACCUCUGUCGUCUUGGCCAGUAUUGAUAUUCCUUCGGUCGCAUCGACAAUCGGCAAAGCAGCGAUUGUUGUGCUUGUCAUGUUCUCAUACCCUCUGCAAGUUCAUCCUUGCCGUGCUUCAGUUGACGCAGUACUCAAAUGGCGUCCGGCUUCGCGCAAACAGCCAGAGUAUGCCUCUGUCAAUGGCUCUCCAUCGCGCUCGACUCUCCUGAACUCUGGAAACAAUUCGCAGAGAGGCCGCGGUGAGAUGAGCGACAGACGUUUCGCAGUCAUCACUACAGUCAUCAUCAUUUUGAGCUACAUUGUAGCCAUGACCGUGUCGUCUCUGUCAGUGGUGCUCGCAUACGUUGGCAGCACAGGAAGCACUUCGAUCAGUUUCAUUCUUCCAGGAUUGUUCUACUACAAGAUUUCAUCGCCAGAUUCACCGCAUCACCAACGAUUGCUCAAGGAGGACGAUGACGAAGAGGCAGAGGUGGACGGAGAAGUACAGACAGGAUGGAACAGUGGCAGCAUUCUGCGCAAGCUCAGUCUUGGGCUGGCGAUCUACGGCCUGCUGGUCAUGGUGGUUUGCCUUGUCACCAACACAUUCUUUGUUGUUGCGCAUUGA